ACCAAUGCGGAAGUGAAUACGGUUUCAUUUCAUGUAAACUGAGCUGGGGGGAGAAAAAAACCGACCCAGGCAUCAUCAGCCUCCUCCGGGUAGAGGAGGAGACCCUGCCCGUACUUUGACAGCUCUGUGCGGACGUGUCAGCGACCAGUCAACCGUGUGACACAGCUAGCUUUACACGGUUUGUUUUCGGGGGAAGAUGCUAAGCUAACUCCCUCGAGCGAACUGCAUACAAAGACAAGCUUGAAGCUAACCUGGCAGCAUUGCUUAAAACAAAAAAAAAAAGAAUGACGUUGAACUAGCAAGUUGUUAGCUGGCUAGCGGCUGUGUGGUGGCUAGCCAGUGUUAGCAUCCACACUGUCACCCUGUCAUCACUUUGGCUAACAUUACGAGGUGUUUAUCGUGGAUCAGCUGUAGCCCGUUGUUCUAACACGGGUAGCGGUCGGCUGGAGGCGUGUGCGCGCGUGCGUGUGUGUGAUGGACGCAACAAGACAGCAUCAACUACAGGACAACCACAGUGGAGACAUGGGAGAUGGAGUUGGACUCUCCACCGGGAUGAACACCACUGGGGCCGUGCAGGAGGACACCUGUGCCCGCUGGACAGCUUGAUUUGCUGUGGGCGUUGGACAAAGGACCGGGAGCUUCAUUGUCCACAUUCACCCGAGGCCAGAACACAUGAGGGGGAUAAGAAGUACACUUCGCAGGGUCCACCCUGCUGACACUGGGAUGAUGAUGAUGAUGUUCAAGACCCUGCUGAUCACCAGUCUUCUGGGCUGGGGACAAUGUCAGGAGAGCCACAGCAUGACACCAGAGGAGAAGAAUGUUAUCAGGGACCAAAUUGUUGAAAUGUUCGAUCAUGCUUACGGGAGUUACAUGAAAUAUGCCUAUCCAGCAGAUGAACUGAUGCCUCUGAGCUGCAGGGGGAGAGUCCGGGGCCAGGAACCCAACAGAGGGGACAUCGAUGACUCCUUGGGAAAGUUUUCUCUCACGUUGAUUGACACCCUUGAUACCCUGGUGGUGUUAAACAAGCUUGAUGAGUUUGAGGACGCAGUGAAGAAGGCUGUGAGCGAAGUACGCCUGGACAACGAUGUGGUGGUGUCUGUGUUUGAGACCAACAUCAGGGUUUUGGGAGGGCUCCUGGGGGCCCAUGUAAUGGCUGACCUGCUCCGUCAGCGUGGGGACAGGAUGCAGUGGUAUCAAGACGAGCUCCUGCACAUGGCCAAAGAGCUGGGCCAUCGAUUACUGCCUGCCUUCAACACCACAAGUGGCCUUCCCUACCCUAAGGUGAAUCUGAGGUAUGGUGUCCAGAACCCACUUUCACGCACAGGCACUGAAUCGGACACCUGCACAGCCUGUGCAGGAACAAUGAUCCUGGAGUUUGCUGCCCUCAGCAGACUGACAGGAGAGUCUGUGUUUGAGGAACAUGCCAGGAAGGCUAUGGAUGUCCUGUGGGAGAGGAGACAGAGAGGAAGUGACUUGGUUGGGACUGUCAUCAACAUCCAUAACGGAGAAUGGGUCCGCAGGGAGAGUGGAGUUGGUGCUGGUAUCGACUCGUACUAUGAAUAUCUGAUGAAGGCCUAUAUUCUUCUCGGAGAUAAUGUUUUUCUGCAGAGGUUCAACAUUCACUACAGUGCAAUUAUGAAGUACAUCAGUCAGCCUCCCCUGCUGCUCAAUGUGCACAUGCACAACCCCACUGUGAGCGUGCGCAGCUGGAUGGACUCCCUCCUGGCAUUCUUCCCCGGCUUACAGGUUUUAAGAGGAGAUCUGAAACCUGCCAUUGAGACUCAUGAGAUGCUUUACCAAGUCACCAAACAGCACAAGUUUCUUCCAGAGGCUUUCACUACAGAGUUCAGAGUUCAUUGGGGCCAACACCUACUGAGACCAGAGUUUGCAGAAAGCACCUACUACCUCUAUAAGGCCACUGGUGACCCCUACUACCUCAGGGUGGGUCAGUCCAUUGUGGAAAAGCUCAACGCCUACACCAGGGUGCCUUGCGGGUUUGCUGCGGUGCAAGAUGUCCGCACUGGGGCACAUGAAGACAGGAUGGACUCCUUCUUCCUGGCAGAGAUGUUUAAAUACCUCUACCUGCUGUUUUCUGAGAAGAGCCAGCUGCCAAUCGACAUUGAUGACUACAUCUUCACCACAGAGGCUCACCUCCUCCCUGUCUCUCUCUCUAUCACCCAGUCGCCCUGUCAAGGAAACAUUACGGAGACUGUUCCUGUUUCUCAAGAAGAAGAUCUGUUCACCCACUCCUGCCCCAGCACAGAAACGUUGUUUCCCAAUAACCCUUCAUUUGCCAAAACCAUCCGGGACAGCUUCAAAUAUCUCACUGGGGUGGGACGAGUCUUCCGACCUUUACCUGUGAGGGAAAUCGAACUGCCUCUCCAUGAUAACGGCAUGGAGCCGGUGGAGUUUUUGAGAAGCAUGGGCAUCUCUCUCACUCCACUGCACGAGGUCACAGCAGGGGACGCUGGGAGUCGGAAGCGGCAUAAAGGAGUAUACAGGGUGAAACUUGUGGCAGAGGUGAGCCAGACAUUGGAUGAGGAAGAGGUGGUGCCUCAUAUUGUUCAGCUCAUAUCACCCCCGUUUCUGGGUCGGACCAUCCUCACAGCCGGACCUGCGAAGUUUGGAAAGGACCUCUCCAAACAGGAGCAUGGGGUGAAGGGCAGCCUUGUGAAAGCCUCCCCCUACACUGCCUGUGGGCCAAUAGAAAAUGCAGUGGAACUUGAAGGCCACAUUGCUCUGGCGCUGCGCGGCGACUGCAUGUUUGCUGCAAAGGCUCGUUGGCUACAGGAGGCCGGAGCCAUAGCAGUCAUCUUUAUAGACCACCGUGAAGGAAGUAAUAGCGAGGAGACUCCCCUCUUCCAGAUGGUUGGAGAUGGAGACUCCACUGAAGACAUUAGCCUGGCUUUGGUCUUCCUGUUUAGCCGCGAGGGUGCAGUGCUCACUGAUGCUCUGGAGGAACAUCACAAUGUGGAUGUGCUGCUGCUGCCCAAGGAGAGGCAGAUGGGACACGAUAAGAUAGACAAACCUUUUGGCAUGAACAUCAAACUCCGCCUCGCAGAGGAGGGGGAGCUGGAGGACGGGGAAGCCAGAGGGCCCACGCUGGAGUUUAUCUUGGAUAAAGAAGAGUUGCUUCUCCAAGAGGAAGAUGAGCUCAGAGGAGAACAACCUUCACAGCAGCAGCAGCAGUUCUGCUCGAAGGCGACAGAGAAUGACAGGACUGAACCAUGUUCAGCAGAUUCCUCUCGACCCACAAACUCCGGACCAGACCUAAAUCCCCGACCAUGAAGCAGCCAAGUUUCCGAACACUGAUCCUUGUCAGUUUCAGAGUGGCAUGUGCCUCGGAGCCCCUCACUGCCCCACAUGGAGCCCUAACUGACCCAGCCUGCAUGUUUACAGCCAAGCAGUGUGAUGGCCACACUCAUAUCCUGCCUUGACUUUGAAACGUGGUUCUAUAUUUAUUAGACGGUCGGUCAGUUGUAGCUUUUAUUCUGUGUGGCGCAGGAAAUGAAACUAAAGUAGUUUAAAGGCCAAAAACUGUAGGAAUGAGUUGGCUGGGCUGGUGCUUCCUUUACCUAGCCUGUAGUAUUGCUGUAGGCACAUAGAAGGUACACACAGUGAUAAUGACAUAGAUCAUUAACAACAAUUAAAACUUACCUCACCUUAGAGGAGAAGAACAUAGAUAAGGCAACAAAAAAAAGCUAUGUUUUUAUGCAAUGCAGUUUGUUUUUGAUCUAGAUUGCACCUUUCACAUGAACAAGUACUGUUAAAUAUUCUGUGACGAUGAAUUUUUUGGCCAGUAGGUGGUGUUAGCGGCUUUUACCUCGCAGUAAUAUAAUGUUGGCAGAUGAAGGAGAAGAACUGGGGCCAAUUUGGAAAGUUUAUUUUACUUUUUAAUAGUAAACAACUUCAGGGAAUUUUUUGUGUGUGUGUGUUUUGCUAUAGUGUGCGUGCAAGAUGUGUAACAACUGUUAAUACCUGAGAAAGCAUCUCACCUGAAACAUUGCGAUCAUUCAAAACCCUCUAAAAUCUCUACAUAGUUGUCAUCCGGUGAAUUCUUCAUGAAUCUUUUUUUAAGUCGUAAUUAAUCAUCUCAUCUUAAAAACAUCGUAAAAUGACCAAAGCUGAUUUUCUUGAAAAGAAUGAAGUGUGCAGUUACUCUGCUUCGCUCCAGAUGCAGUAUCACAGGUUGGUCUGCAGUCUCUGACUGCUUUGCACUUUGAAACACGGGUAUGAUCAUCUGUGUUAGAUCCAAACAGAAUUGACCAUUCAGCCUGUCUUUGCAUUUGCUUGUGUGAUUGUGUGUGUGUGUGCUUGUACUUAUAUAUUAGUGAGGACCAUUUGGAGCAUAGACCUUGGGUGAGGACAUUUUUGGAACCUGGUCCUCACUUUUUCAAAGACUUGUUUCAGGGUUAAAAGACUUGGUUUUAAUGUCAGGGUUCAACAAUUAGUAGUGAUGGUUAAGGUCAGGGUAAGGGGCUGGCAAAUGCAUCAUGCCAAUGAGUGUCCUCACUAAGAUAUAAGUAGAAGAAUGCGUGUGUGUGUGUGUUGCCGUAGCGAUGUCUGUGAGGAAUACUGGAGAACAGCAAAUUUUGCAUCAUACGAAAUGCAAACUGUAAAGACCAAUUGUUGUCAUGCACAUUGUUUUAAAACCAUGACUAAUUCAACUGUACUCCACUAAUCGAUUGGAAGGAUUUUCUAUCUAGUUUUUGUUUUCAAGAUUUAAUUUAAGAUUCAAAUUUUUUUUUUUUAAUUAGAAAUAUAUUAGUCUUUCCCUCAUUCACACUCUAGACUAAUGACAUUGUUUUUGGGGGGCAUUAUUAAGUAUAAUGAUAUCAUGCAACAGUUGAGAAAGAUGCAUUACGCUUUAAUUAGUUUGUUCAUAUUCAGUUGCUUUUUUCUCACUAAUAAUUUGUCGCACGUGUUUCGGGUUUUUGUGGUACAUGAGAUGUGAGCUGUAGUUUGUGUGGGAGAAGCAGUGUGUGUUUUCUGUCAUGUUUUGUACAGUGGAACCUUUUCCCGAUGCUGCUGAGUUUAUUUCUAGUCUUAAUCCAACAUGACAUUUUAUUUUUGUGUUGAGCCUGUGUGAGGCACUACCCAACCCGUAUACCUCAGGACUGUAUGUAACUAAUCACAGGAAAAAGGACCAUGGACAGGGGGGGGGGUUCUUUUUUCUUAUAUUAUUACAUUUCAGGCUAUUUAAUUUUAAUUCUGUUUUCUACGGUUUCUGUUGAUCAGUGGCUGAGGGUGAAUAAGUGCCAAAAGAGAUGCAUGACAAGGCUCCGGUUUCCUUUUCCAUAUCCUCUAUCUGUUCAGUUUCUGACUGUGAGCUCAGGCGGUGCCGUCAAUAAACUCAAAAAUCACACUUUCAAA